AGGAAGCAUUCGCAACGCAGCAAGAGCAGCAGCAGAAAUACCAGCAGAAGCAACAGCAGAAGUGGUAGUGAGAAAGCAGCACUACCUCGGAGGCACACAACACUUUUUGUUCCUCGAAGACCCAGACCGAAAACGAACCCGGCAACACAACGUUUGUUCCGUGGUUGCAAAACAGACGUUCCGUCAGUUCUUUUCGUCCCUUGCGGUUGUUGUUUGUUGUUGUUGGGUCGCUUUUCCGAUGGCGUCUUCCACCGAACCGAUCGAUUCGGCCCUGUUGGCGGCCCUUAGGGAUCCCCGCGAGCGGCUCGGUCUGCUGAAGCUGGAGCAGGCCCUGAUCGACUUUCUCGAGAAGCAGCCACAGGACAAGUACGUUGACAUUGGCGGUCCGUACAACUCAACGGUGAUCUCCCCCUCUCUUGGCUGCAUCGGACAGCCACAGCAGCAGCAGCAGCAACAACAACAACAACCGCCACAGGCCCUAGCGGAUACAAGCCCAACGGGCACCAGCACGAGCACCAGCACAACAACCACAACCACAAGCUCCACCACGAACAACGGAAGGCCCCAGACGACCUUCCAGCGGUGCAUCCUUCACAGAAUCUGCGACCGUUUUGGCAUGACCCGAGAAAACUCCUACACGGCCGAUGCCCACGGAUGCUACCUCAUCCGCGUCUGCAAGGGUCCCGACUCGAAGAAACCUUCCCGCCGGCUGCUCCACGUCAAGGAGUCCGAGUACCAGACCGGAGCGGGUUCCAAUUCGUUCCCUGGUCAUUCGAACCCGCAUUCCAAUUCCAAUUCGAACCAGAACCCCGGUUCCGGUUCCGGUUCAAACCCGAACCAUCUGAACCAGCUCUCCUCGGCCUUUCACCAGAUGAAUCUAUCCCCUGCACCAAGCCCCCACUCCUCCUCUUCGGGGGGACCGGGCCCCGUUGGGAUUGGAAACCCAAAGGCAGGCUCCAAGGGCAAGAAGAAAAUGAAAAUCAUGCGGCGCUCGAGCAGCAACGUCUCGAACAGCUCGGGCGGCAGCGGCAGCGGAAGCAACGGCAACAAUGGGAGCGGCAGGGCCAAGCCUGCGGGGGCCGCCAAGAAAGGAAGCACCCUCAGCGAGAAGGAACGAAAGUACGCGGAGGCAAGGGCCCGGAUUUUCGAGCAGCAGGACGACCAACCCGCAGACCAUCGGGCCUCUUCUGACGGAUCGGAAUCGAAUCCGAAUGCGAAUCCGAAUGCGAAUCCAUCGACCGGAGGGAUGGCAGCGAACCACCCCACUUCGAGCCACUACGACAGUAACAGCGGGCAAAACCACGACAAGAACGGUGGCAGCAGCAGCAACCUGAACGGCGGAGUCUCUGCGGCACCCCUGCACACCAAUUCCAACGCGUCUCUCAAUUCCUUGGCCUCCAACCAGAGCACCAGUGAUGGCGAUCGCGACCAACAGCAGCAGCAGCAACAGCAACACCACCAGCCACCCAGCAGAAGCAAAGCUACCUACCGAAACCGACAGCAAGAAGAGACGGAUCCUGACUUUCGGCGUGGAGCCGGCCUGCAGCUACAGCAACCCACGCCGUACACCCAGGCACAUGCCGCUGCUGCCGCGGGGUACGCCAGUUCCGGGGGAGGCCGGGGAUCCGGGACGAUGUACUACCCGGGAAGUACCGGGAGCCACCACCGGGUCGGCUACGGCUAUGGGCAGCCGCAGCACCAGCCACUACAGCAGCAACACCACCAGCACCACUAUUCCUACCACCCUUCCCAGCAGCCCCAACAACACUACCAGCAACAGCAACAGCAACAACAACAGCACUAUAGCGCGCAGCAACACAGGCCGCAAUCGGCCCAAUAUUAUCCCGGGGCGGCGGUGUCGUCCUCGCACACCGGACACCCCGCGGCCGGCCGGGGGUACGGACGGGGGAACCCACACUACCAGGUGCAGCGGCGGCACCAGGAGCAGCACUACCCCGCCCUUUCGUCGUCAACGGCGACAAGGAAGUGAACGAAUCAAUCGAUCAAUCAAUCAAUCAAUCAAUCAUCGAGGCAAACGAAUCGGGGAACCCUGCGGACGACAGAGGGUAGCAUCGAGCUAGUUUGGGGAUGCACACAACAACAACAACAACAACAACAACAACACUUCACUGCACUAGGAAAGGAUGACGAACCGACGGACAGAAGGAGGAAACGAAGGAAGGAAGAAACACACUAUGCACAU